UGGUAUUUGUUGUUGUUUUUCCACGUAAGUGUAUGGGGCGACUGCAGUGGAUAGUUGUGAAAUUGUGAACACGAGAGGUUGUCGUUAAAACAUCUCAAAAGACAGUCCACUUAAAUCGGAGACAUCAAGCGGAGGAGGCCAUGUCGUCCGACAACGCUGCGGGGCCUCCGUGCUGCCUCUGCGGCCCCACGUGCCCGCUGGUACUUGUGGCCGUCCUGGGGGUGUGGGCGGCGUGGUACUGGCGAGACAAGCGCCGGGUGGCCGGCGCGACGGGCCGCUGGGUGCUCAUCACGGGCUGCGACUCGGGAUUUGGGCGGGCGCUGGCCAGGCGGCUCGACGCGGUCGGCCUGCGCGUCGUGGCGGCGUGCCUGGGCCCUGCCGGCGAGGAGGAGCUGAGGAGGUCGUGCUCGUCGCGCCUCGUCACGCUGCGUCUCGACGUCACGGACCCCGAGAGCGUGCGUGCCGCGGCCCGGCGGGUGCGGCAGGAGGUUGGCGAGCAGGGCUUGUGGGGCUUGGUCAACAACGCUGGCCGCAUCAUCCCCAUCGGCCCUAACGACUGGAUGACGACGGACGACUACCGCAGAGUGCUGGACGUCAACCUCCUGGGCAUGGUGGACGUCACGCUGCAGAUGCUGCCCCUCGUGAAGCAGGCUCGGGGUCGGGUCGUCAACGUGGCCAGCAUCGCGGGGCGGGUGUCCAUCGUGGGCGGUGGGUACUGCAUCUCCAAGUUCGGAGUGGAGGCCUUCUCUGACACCCUCAGGCGCGACAUGCGUGCAUUUGGGGUCAAGGUGUCCAUCGUGGAGCCGGGUGGUUUCCGUACAGGUAUAACUGACAUUGCCGCCAUUGAGGAGGAUCUGAGGAAGCGCUGGGCACAGCUGCCAUCUGUGACGAAGGAAGAUUACGGCAGCGACUACCUCGACAAAUACAUCUGGCUGCAGACAUCCAAGAUGACUGGGCUGUGCGACAACCUCUCAAAGGUCACCUGGUGUAUGGAGCACGCCCUGGUGGCCACUCACCCGCGCACACGCUAUGGCGCCGGCUGGGAUGCCAAAAUCCUUUUCAUCCCGCUCUCCUACCUCCCAACUUUCAUAGUCGACUUCCUCCUGGCAAUGACUAUGCCCCGUCUCGCUGUGGCCACAAAAGUAACCCCCUGAACCGGAGCAGUGGGGGCUCUGCCCACGGUGGCGAUAUGUUAACUUCC